AUGGAAAAUAAUAACUGGGAAACGUUAGUAGCUGAUGAAGAUUAUGAAAUAAACACAGAAUAUCCGUAUCAAAUAAGAAGAAAGAAAAACGGAAAGACUGUCAGUGAGUAUGAAGAAAAGAAUGGAUAUAUAAGAUUAACCCUUAACGGUAAAAAAUAUCUUAAGCAUAGAUUAAUAGCUAUUCAGUGGAUUGAUAAUCCUGGUAGUUUUGGGGAAGUUGACCAUUACGAUAAAGUUAGAAAUAAUAAUAAGAUUGAUAAUUUACAUUGGUGUUCAAGUUCUACAAAUAAUAGAAAUAGAAGUAAAGCAAAUGGAGUAGAAUAUAAUUUCGUUGAUGAAAUCAGUGAAAAUUCAAUUACUGUUUCACAUUAUGGAAAUCAUGAAUUUGAGGAUUUAUUUUACGACAUCAAUGCAGAUUUGUUUUAUUAUUAUAACGGUCGUCAG